CCAAUCUCUCUUAGGGGUUGCCGACUCCUACGGUGUCGUCCCGCCAUACCCAAAUCGCCGAUGACUCCAUUUCCUUCCAGCUCUAACUAUAGGGACUCUACCGACCCCGUCCCACCGGUUUUGCUUCAGCUUCUUGAGUCGCAAACUGAGAAUCACAACAGGAUUUGGUUGGGAGGAGGACAGGAAUUUGUGGUGGAAGUUCAUACCCAAGGGAGUGGGAUAAUGCUAGGUUUAGGCAGAUUGCAGAUAAGUGUGUUGCUGUGCUUGUAUGUGUUAUGGCUCAGAUAAGUGGACUGAUUGCUGCCAAGGAAUGUGCCAACCUUGACUGCUGUGACAUUGUAAACUCAACAACUCACAAAAGUCGCCAAGGUCCUAGGGGAGGAAUAAUUUUCUAUAGAAGGGGUACAAUGCGGAAGAAGGGAGGGAUGCUUUCAAAUCAAGGAGAUGACAGUGAUCUAUAUGAUUUUGAGGAACAGAUAAAUUUUGCUGUUUUUCCUUUGUUACAAGGCAGACCACACAAUAACCACAUUGCUGCUCUUGCCAUAGCAUUAAAGCAAGUGACUACACUGGAAUACAAGGCAUACAUGCAUCAGGUGAAGAAAAAUGUCCAGCCUUUAGCAUCUGCAUUGUUAAGAAAAAAAUGUAGGGUAGUCAUUGGAAUCUAAGGCCCCUUGGUUUGACAGGUAUACUCAUUGUUGUCAAGUUAUGAACUGUAAUUUUGCUUUCACCCUCCAUUAAUUAGGACUUGAUCCCCACAUCACAAGAAAAAAGGGGUUUGACCAAAGAGUUGUUUGUCUUCCGCUGUUGUUGGUUUUUGACUUCCUUGAUUUGGUAUUUUUUGUGGCUUUCUAUUCUGAGUCUUCUAAUAGAUUGGUUCCCGCAAGAUGAUUUUGAUAGUUUUCAAAAGAAAUAAUGGAAUUGGUACAUCUGAAUUCUGAAAUAACGUGAAUGAAGAGUCUUUUUAAAAAAAAAUUAUUCCCUCUUAUUGAUUCUUCUCUGUUCUCAUUAACAAAUGCAUAAUUUCCUG